UAUAAUAAACCUUUGUUGGAUCAUGAUAUAAUCAAUCAACAAGCUGCAUAUGAUCCUAAUCAAAAGAUUGAAUUAGCGAAAGCUGGAAAGAGAUUACCGGGAAAGAGGGAGACUGUGAUUAGGAAAGGGAAUGGUAAAACUUGGGAAGAUCCUACUUUAUUAGAUUGGGAUCCUAAAUGGUUUCGUCUUUUCGUAGGAGACGUUUCAAACGACGUAAACGAGAGAGUUUUAGAUGAAGCGUUUAACAAAUAUCCGAGUUACUGUAAAUGUAAAGUCGUCAAAGAUCAUUUAUCUUUGAAAUCAAAAUACGCUUUUAUAGCUUUUAAAGAUCCUGAAGAUUUUUUAAGAGCUUGGAAAGAGAAUGAUGGAAAAUACAUAGGGAACCGACCUAUCCGUCUGAGUAAAGUUCGUGAUGACAAAUACGGUUCGAUAGCAACAACGAAAGUAUCCGGAAGGAAAGCCAGAGAAUUAGAUAAGUUAAGAAAGAAUCAUGGGAAACCUUUAGAUGGAAGACCUGUUCCAUGGUGA